AUGUCGCAGGUUCCCCAAACCAAGGUGCUCCUUCCACUAUACAUCUACCCACAUCCCGGUGCAUGGGAUCCUCUAUACACAACCGUCGCCGCAUACCCGUGUAUUCAGUUUGUCGUCAUCAUCAAUCCAAACACCGGACCGGGUGCUGCACCGUGGUGGCCAAAUGAAGACUAUGUCCGGGAGAUACCACGGCUGAAUGCACUGCCGAACGUCACGACCCUGGGUUAUGUGAGAGCAACCUAUUGCAAACGGCCUGUUCAAAACGUUCUGGAGGAUAUCGGAACGUAUGAUCGAAGGGGUGGGGAGGAUGACCGGCUGAGGGUCGAUGGCAUCUUCAUCGACGAGACGGUGAACUUGUACUCAGAGGAGGCUAAGAGAUACCUCGAUGCUAUCGACUGCAGAGCACGAACUCUUAUCGGUGUCGCAGAAAGGAGAACCAUAAUCCAUAACCCCGGUACAGCAGUAAGUGCUGAGCUUGCGGCUCCUGGACCAGAUGUCACGGUGGUUGUAGAAACAUCGUACAAGGAAUUCAUGACUGAAGAGUACCAGGAGUGGCUUUCUACUUCGCCGUACAAACGUCCUCGGACUGCGUAUAUAGUACAUUCUGUUCCACAAGAUAAUGUCGAGGCUUUAACGAAAGCACUACGCGAGCGAGCGGAAUACUUGUUUGUCACAAGUGCGUUGUGUGGCUUUUACGAAAGUUUUGCUGCGAGUUGGCUUGGGUUUGUCGCAUCGCUGGCGGGACCAUGA